UGCUGGAACAUGGCUCUUUGUGUGGCACGCAGUGCUCCCACAUUCCAGGUAUGUGGUGGGUGGAAAGGCAAGUCAGAGCACCCACCAGUGCCAAGAAUAAAUCACCCAACUCAAGUGUUCUGACGUAUUUUUAGAUGUUUUUUGUUUUGCGGGCGAAUCCAUACCCGCGUGCAAUCUCCACCACAUUCCGCUCAGCGGCCCCUCUUGCGCGCAACCAAUUGGGCUAUUUGCUCACACUUGGAUCCCCUCAGCACCUUGCGGAGCGCACGUUGCACACGAAUAUUUAAACACCCUUUGGUCUUGAAGGAACUCGCCUUUUUGUUUUUGUUUUCAACUCUCGCAUUAUUUUUUUUACAUUCUUUAUGAUAAUGAAGGCCAGUCUUGUCCUGCUCCUCGCACUUACAUCAGCUGUGGUUGGAUCCACGGCACCAGCACGCAUCGCGCGACUCCCAGCAGAGCACAAGCGCAUGCCCCAGAACAGCAAGCGCAGCAGCAAGGAGUGCAACGGCUACUCUGAGCUGUGUGCCAAAAAGUACAGCGAUGUUGCGUUUGCCACAACGCAUAACUCGUAUGCACACGGGGACAACAUUGCGGCAAAUCAGAAUCACGAUAUCAAGACGCAGCUGGACGCCGGAGUGCGCGCGUUCAUGCUUGAUAUUCACUUGCAGAGCUCACGGAAGCUGAGCAGACGCGAUGCGACCCUGAUAGGCGCCAGCAACCCGGCGCCAGCAGCCACCAGCAGCGCCUCUGGCUCGUCGUCCUCGGAUCCGUACCUCUGCCACACGACCUGUAUGCUUUUGAACGACGGGCCGAUGGUGGAUGAGCUGAAGAACUUCAAGACCUUUAUGGAUGCCAAUCCGAACGAGGUCAUCACGAUUUUCAUUGAAAACGACGAUAACUUUUCUGCCAACCAAAUUGGCGCGCAGUUUACCUCGGCCGGGCUCGAUUCGAUGGCCUAUGCGCCCUCGAACAACACUGCAUGGCCAGCGCUCGAGUCUAUGAUCAGCUCCAACAAGCGCCUAGUGGUCUUCACCGACGUCCGUACUGACACCACGGCUGUGCCCUGGCUGCUGUACGACAAGGACUAUGUGGUUCAGACAUCGUUUGAGGUGCCCGUCAACACCCAGUUCACGUGCGCGCCGAACACAGCUGUGCGUCCGCUCUGGGUGAUGAACCAUUUUGUUUACGCCAAUUACCCAUUUGGAACGACGCAGGUGCAGCGGCCAGAUCCCAGCUCGGCAUCAUCAGUGAAUACCGAGUCGAGCAUUCUGGACCAGGUGAACCUGUGCCAGGAGGCUGGCCACUUCCCGAACUAUGUCACUAUGGACUUUUAUGAUGUCGGCGAUGUCUUCAAGGCCGUGGCUUCCAUCAACAAAGUUUCCUACAAGAGCACAUCUACCAGCACGUUUGCCAGCGAUAGCCCCUCAACAACCAGGACGUCGGGUGCUGCGAGCAGCAGGCUGCUCAGCGCAAGGCUCGCUGCUGCUGCUGGCCAGCUUCCCACCACAUUUGCCAGCCCUAUGGCUGUCGACAUUGCACAAAGCCCGCAGCCCGCCGAAAAAUCGACCAUAUCCAUGUCCGCACCCACUAUGCUGAGCCGCAUCGCCACGCCAGCGCCCAUGCUCUGGGUCACCACACAGCCGCGACCCACGGCCUUCCAGCACUCGCGGGCAUUCCGAACACUCCCGGCAGCGCCGACUCAUCCACCAGCUCCUGGGACUGCAGCAUGCCAGACGCGACGACGCACGCGAGCAUCUCUUGCAGAAAGCGCGAACCGCAGCAUCACCCAGGGACUGCCAAUCGACCCUGACACGCUGGAUAUGGACGACUCGGACGACGCCGAUAUCGAUUCCACCAUGGACGACUGGGACAACAGCGGCGCGCAGUCCAUGGUUGACGGGAUGCUGGGCGUCAAGCGCGAGGAGCCACCGGCGCUCGCCCGCCGCAUGUCGCUGAAUGUGCCGCGAAACAAGGCCUUUGUGAGGCUGCUGAGCCUGGUAGAGGAGGACCGGCCGCUGGCGGCGGAGAUGGCACACGAGGCCCAGAUUACCAGGACGAUGCGGCACAAUAACGUCCACGAAUGGCUGAGGUCGCCGCAUCAGGACGAGACGAGACGGAGGGCGUCACGUGCCAGUUCAAUGACUGUGUCGCCUGGCAGCCCAAAUUUGAUGUCCACCAGCUCAUCAAGCAGCUCCCAGCCGAUUCCGGCUCGCCCUGGCCCCCAUCCGUACAAGCGAAUCGCAAUGUCGCCGUCUGGGCUACGGGCCCAGAUCUCGGUUCGCAGCGGGAGCUCGUCGACGCCGUUGCGGACCGGUCGCAUUCCCAAGCCAAGGGAGCUAUUCGCCAACCAUGACUGCUGUGGCGUGUCUGUGGCCAGCGUUGGCGGGUUCAGUCGAAUGAACAUCAGCGACAAGAUGGACGACGACGAUGCCGCAGACGCCUAGUGAAACAACCUAUUUUCUACUGUAACUAUAGACGCCAUCCUACCCUCACCAGCUUUUUCCAAAUAUAUCUCCCAUCGCAC